AUGUUCUCGUCCAGGCUCUUCACCUUGGCCCUGGUUGUGAAACGACAGGAAGUUCUCCUCGGAUAUAAAAAACAUGGCUUCGGAGCCGGGCGAUGGAAAGGCUUCGGGGGAAAGGUGCAAGAUGGAGAGAUCAUCGAGGAAGGAGCCAAGAGGGAAUUACUGGAGGAGAGUGGGCUGACAGAGGACACCUUACAGAAGAUAGGUCACAUCACAUUUGAAUUCCUUGGCAACUCUGAGCUAAUGGAUGUCCAUGUCUUUCGCACAGAUAGUUUCCAUGGAAUUCCAACUGAGAGUGACGAAAUGCGUCCUCAAUGGUUCAAACUGGAUCAGGUGCCUUUCAGAGAAAUGUGGCCAGAUGACAUCUACUGGUUUCCACUACUGCUCCAAAAGAAGAAGUUCCAGGGAUACUUUCAGUUUCAAGGGCACAGUGUCAUCCUGGACUACACCCUGAAUGAAGUGGAAACAGUCUAAGGGAAGUUAAACCCCUUUCCCUUUUACCACUGGACUCACCCAACCCCUAGCUCAGGGAAAAGGCUAGUAAGCAUUUCAAACUGCUGGCCCGGUUGUGCCUAUUUUAGCCAAUGACUCUUUUAGCUUUUCUGACAUAAUUUUGCUAUUGUUCUUGUCUAUCCGUCUCCCCCGAUUAGACUGUAAGCCCGUCAAA